AUGGAACACACCGUCGACACACAAUCGCGGCAGACGGAUAUUAUUCGAGAAGAGGAGGACCCGGAUAGUUAUCCAUUUCUGAUCCGCGAUUUUAAGCUAUCUCGAGAGAUUCCAAUGCUCAUGACACUCGCAUGCACCCAGUUAUUUGUUCUCGGAUGUCUGUCCCAAGGAAUAUUCCCAGAUAGUGUCAUUGGCCAGACUUUCACAAUCAGCUCAUCGAGCGAGAGAACAUGGGGGUCAGCUGCAUAUGGUCUCACAUCAGGCACCUUCAUGCUACCUGCUGGACGAUUUGGUGACAUGUAUGGCCAUCGCCGCUGCUAUAUUGCAGCAUGGACGUGGCUGGCUGUCGCUUCACUUCUUGCAGGCGUCAGUGUAUUUUCGAACUCCUUCAUUUUCUACUCAGUCUGCCGAGGCCUACAAGGUAUGGGAACCUCAAUGUUACUCCCAAGCGCUCUCGCUAUCCUCGGGUCCGUCUACAAAGACGGACCUCGGAAGAACCUCGCCUUCUCGUUAUUUGCGGCCGGAGCGCCAACAGGUUUCACCGUCUGGGGAAUAAUCUCAGGUGCAAUAGCAGAAUCGUCCUGGUGGCCUUGGAUCUUUUGGGUCACUGCCAUUGCCUGCGGCUCCCUUGCCUGUGUCGGCUUUCUGACUAUCCCUCAACUUCCGGGUGAAAUUUAUCGGGCAACAAUCUCUCAACAGCAAGAGAUUCCUGUCGAUAAGAGCCCGCGCCAUGAUUUUGAUUGGGCUGGAACUGCGACUGGUAUUUCAGGGUUGGUGCUGUUUAAUGUGGCAUGGAAUCAAGCACCCACCGUUGGCUGGGCUGCACCGUCCAGUCUAGCAACGCUCAUCAUCGGAUUCCUUCUGCUUUUGGCUUUUCCAUUCGUUGAAAAGCGAGCUAGCAGGCCUCUUAUUCCGGUCGACCGUUUGUCCAAAGACAGUGCCUUUGUCCUUGCUACCAUGGGUCUGGCCUGGUCGAGCUUUGGAGUACUGGUGUUCUAUCUCGUCAACUUCCUUACUCGGCUACGGGGUGAGAGUAUAUUGAUCACGGCCGUGCAAUUUAUUCCUGUUCCAAUUGCAGGGUUUGCGGCCUCGUAUUUGAACACCUUCCUCCUUGGUCGCCGGGUGCCUCCAGCGGACGUCUUGGCCUUCUCCUGUAUCUGGUUUAUGGUCGGCAAUCUACUCUUGGCGACUAUGCCGGUGCAUCAGAGCUUUUGGUACCAGGUGUUCUGGGUCAACGUUUUGGCACCCUUUGGCAUUGACCUCAGUUUUCCCGCUUCGACUCUGUUGAUGAGUCGACUCGUUCCCCCAGAACAGCAGGGAAUUGCAGCAUCGCUCAUUGCUACCGUGGUCUAUUAUUCGCAAUCGAUUGGACUUGGAAUUGCGAGCACGGUGAAGUCCCAGAUUUCGAAUGGGAGCGUUUUAAGAGGUUAUCGUGCAGCCUUUUUCACCGGUGUUGGUAUGAGUGGGCUUGCUCUUUUGGUUUCAAUGUGGCCAGUGGUAAAAAUCCAUGUCCUUAAGAAAAGUUUGUAG